AUGCUUUUCAUCAGAUCACCCAUUCCUUCCUCUCAUUGUUCAUCAUCGACAUCAUCGUCUUCACAUCAUUUAGGUUAUCGCUCUCCUACGCAUACACAGCUAUCACUUCGAUCACCCAUCUUCCUUUCAUCCUCGCCCCGUAAACGACCAUUGGGUGUUCAUUCCCCUGCAGAUCAGCUGAAUCUUUCAUGCUCUUCAAGGCCUUUGAAAAAGAUUUGGGAUCGGUUAGACAUCACAGAUAAGAACAACGGAGGUCAACCUGGAACUGCUGUAGGGGAUAUCAAUAACCACAAUCGUGAGAAAGGUGUUAACGCUCCUUUGAAUAUAAUCAUAACCAAGAUGGAUAUAGAAAUGGAAUCAGAUGGGGUCAUCAUCCCUACACCAUCUCGUUCAUUCUCCUCUUCGUCAUCUUCAAUUUCAUCGAUACAUACGACCAGUCGACCAAUACUAGGUAGACUCGAUACUUCUUCUUCAUUAGAUUUCGAACCUGGUUUAACUGUCCGAUCGUACCCCUCUUCAUCUUCUAUCAAUGACAUGACCUCCUCACCACCCAAAUCAUCCUCUUUACCUCCUGUGAUGCACCUCAAGCGAAAUCCUAAGAAAUUAUCAUUAUCAUUACCUGCAUUAGCAUCAACAUCCACCACAGCUUACAAUUCCACCUCUUCGCCCAGCUGCAGUACCCCAUCAACCGUCUGCCCCACUCCCACAUACUCCACGGCCGAAUCAGACUCUAAAUUCGGUACACCUUAUACACCUGGACCGCCCAAGACACCUGCCCUGGCGAUGUCACUUGGUCGGUCGACAUACCGCGGCAAUCGCAGACCAUCCCUUCUAAGUCUCAUAACGAACCCACCUGGUAUUGAUGAUCUACCUCCACCUACCCCCGGCGCAGGUUCGCAUCCAUAUGCAACGAUGAGAUUGAAGAAUAAAGGAAGGGCAAGGAGUCAAACUGCUAUUGACGUGUUGGGUUUACCCAAUCAUCAAGAGCGACAUUCCACUUUCCCCCCGAUUGACGAACAACCCUCGGGCGGGUUGAGUGCUUUGGGAUAUGCCUUACCUACUACGGCUUCACCUGAGGAUCAAACUAGGUCUUAUAGCGGUUCAUCACCUACUACAUCUACUUCUACUGUAUCUGAUGAUGCCUCCGCUUCGACUUCGUCUACACCAUCUACUUCACCACCACUCCCUACGGCAUUUACAUUCUCCAUGCCUCUAAAUAACUAUUAUCAGCAUCCCGGUAAGAGACAGAUGGAGCCUUAUGAAGAUGGACCGAUUGAGAUUCUUCCAGGUAUAUUCCUAGGUGCGGAAGAAUCGGUACAUCAAUUUGAUACGUACGCUGCGUCAAGUUCAAAAGUUAGGAUAAUCAACGUUGCUCAAGAGAUUGAUGAUCCUUUUGAUACCACAAAUUCAAGCUCGACUUCCAUGCCUAGUUCGUCAAAAGGGAAAGGAAAACAAAAGAUGAAACUUGCCGUUCACCCUGGUGAUAGUACAGGUAAAAGACCAGAAAUUGAAUAUUGUCACAUUAGAUGGUCACAUGGUGAAUUGGGUUUGGCCGAUAUACCUCCCACAGCUCAAUUGUCACAUCUGAUCGAUCUUCCUGAAGAAGAAGUUUCACCGACUGCGGGAGGAGAGGAGAUCUGGGGUUUCUGGGAGACUAUAAAGUGGAUGGAGAGCGGUAGGAAAAGUGGUAUACCGAUUUUGAUACAUUGUCAAUGCGGUGUAUCGAGAUCUGCUACGUUGGCUAUAGCCUAUACCAUGGCUUUAGCGGCUAUCGGAGCCAUGCCUGAUAUAUUAGGUGGGAUCAGAUCGAUGCAGGAUGCAUAUGAUUUCGUCAAAAGUAAAUCAAGUUGGAUAGGACCUAAUCAUUCAUUGGUAUUUCAAUUAGUGGAUUUCGCAAGACACUUGACUCAAAUUUUAUCUGCCCACCCCGCUCAACUUAACACCUCUUUCCCUUCUAACCAUGAUGCCGAAUUGACCGAGGCCGAAUGGGCAAGGAGGAGAAGGGAAUUUGAAGAAAGCGAGAAUGGUUCGUCUUCACCCUCUAUCUCUACACCUUCAGAGGGAGAGGAAGGAGGUGAAAGUUGUAUUAGUCCCGAGGAGGCUGAUGAGGAAGCUAGAAGGUUGGAUGAAGAGAUGUUAUUGAGGAAAUCUAGAAGAUAA